UGUUAACGCCCACAGUUUGAUCGAUGUGGCAACUCUGUUCGUCCACCAAAUAAAAACAUUACAAUUUUCGCUUAAAUUUUGGAGUUUUCAACCUAUUUAAGCGAUGUUACCGGGAGUUGGAGUCUUCGGAACCGGAGAGAUAGCCAAUGUCUUAGUUCCACUGCUGCGGGAGAAGGGAUUCGAGGUGCGGGCCAUUUGGGGUAGGACCCUGAAGGAGGCCAAAGAGACGGCGGCCACGCAGAACGUGCAAUUCCAUACAAACGUUAUCGACGAUGUCCUGCUGCGAAAGGAUGUGGAUCUGGUAUUCAUCGUUUGCCAGCCAUUUCUGCACGCGGAGAUCUCGGUAAAGGCGCUGGGCAUUGGCAAACAUGUGGUGUGCGACAAGCCAGCAGGCUUGCACCAGCAGGAUGCCCUCAAAAUGGUGCGGGCCUCACAGUAUUAUCCCACUUUGAUUUCCCUGGUCAAUCAUCCUUUGCGAUUUCUGCCCGCCUUUACGCACAUGCGAAGAUGUCUACAGGAGGAGCUCAUCGGGUCCAUUGGCGAUGUGGUUCUCAUGGAUGUGCGCGUCCAAAUGGGCACCCUCUUCCCGGAGAAAUACAAUUGGAUGUGCGAUGCCCAAAUGGGCGGGGGAGCUAAUCUUGUGGGUUCUGUGGUGGAUUUGGUCACCUUUCUGCUGCAACAGCAGGCCAUCCGGGUGCAUGGAGUCCUGCGAUCCUAUACCAAAACCACGCCGGCCAUCAAUGGCAUACGACAAAUCACGGCUCCAGAUUUCUGCAACUUUCAAAUGGAACUGGCCACCGGAACGCUGGUCACUGUAGCCCUCCACAGUCACACAGUGCCUGCGAAAGCCUUCUCCCAGGAGGUGCUCAUCUAUGGCAGCAAGGGUCACCUUGUGGUGCGUGGCGGUGAUCUCUUUGUUCUCAAGGAGGGCCAACCCAAAGAGGAAGCUGUCUACGUGGAUGUUCAGGAUCUGCACUUUGCCACUAAUAACUCUUUGCUGCCUCGUCCCUAUAUCAAAGGACUCUGCAAAAUGGUUGGCGCUCUGAAAGAAGCCUUUGGCAGCAAGGAAUCGUCGUGGGUAAAGGCACCCGUCUCCACAGCCGCCACCUUUGAGGAUGGCCUCUAUGUCCAGGCCGUGGUGGAGGCCAUCAGGAAGUCCAACGAAACCAGACAAUGGCAACGUGUCCAACUAUCCACCGAUAGCCCCCUGAAUCACGAUCAAAUCAUUCGAUAUGCACGCAUGUCCACCAUGUAAGGGAAUCGUCGGUGUUAGGUGCAAUAUCUCCAGGAUUCCAGUAUAUAUUUUUAUAUAUUUUUUGUGUUUAGUCUUUAAGUAUUUAAAAAGGUUGAGGCUUUUAAGCCUGCAUCACCUCCAUCAAUGUAUUUAACUUAUUUGUAUGGCAUCUGCAUUUUGCAACUAAUAAAAUUUAUUUAAUUGUUGGACUGUAAA